UCGACCUCAACUCUAUGAAUGCACGAAAAACACGGUGUCGUCGAAGCGGAACGGUCAAAUUUAAAAAGCACCUGUUGACGAGCCUCAGAUUUCAAAAUUCCGCAAUGAACCCAACUCUGAACUAUAUAAACAUUCAUGAUAUCCUGCACAACUUUCGACUACUACAAGAUCUCGAGCUCAUUGAUCACAGCGACAACAGGGAAACGCGAUCCUACUCAAAUAAUGAACUCAAUCACAUAUUUCUCAAGCUGCCUCAUCUCAAAUCGCUAAAAAUGACCAACUUGAGAGGAAUAAGCGACGCUGGACUGACGCAUAUACCCGACUGCGAGAUAUCCAGAAUGACCGAGACUGGCGUCUUGUAUAUGGAGCAGCAUCCGUUGCGAUCGCCCCUUAUUAUUCAGGCCGCCAAUUUAACUUUUCUGGAGUUGCGAGAUCUGAGCUCGUCAGUAACGGACAUCUCGGUGUAUUUUGCAUUUCAAUUUAUCCCAAAAAUAGAUAAAAUUGCACUGUACGGAAACCACCAGAUCACAGAUUGGGGAAAGCGCGUCCUGCAGAGAAGAUUCAGUCGAAAUCCACGCUUUGAACUGCAUUUGAGGAAAGAGACGCUGGACGAGGAUUUGGCCCAUUCUUAUUUGCUGGAUUUCCCUUAAAAACCUUAGCCUCAUAAUUCAAAUUAUUGAACA